AUGGCUCGUCGAGGCCACUCCAAAUCCUCUGCUUUUCAGUGGACCACCAUCUUUUACCUCCUCUUGAUCUUUAUCUGUCCUCUUGCCUUGAUCGGCACUGUCCAUGCGGAAGACCAGGCCCCUUUGAAUGGUUCCGAUACCCAUAACUAUGGCACUGUCAUUGGUAUUGAUCUGGGAACUACCUACUCCUGCGUCGGUGUGAUGCAGAAUGGAAAAGUCGAAAUCAUAGUCAACGACCAAGGAAAUCGAAUUACCCCCUCAUAUGUCGCCUUUACCGACGAGGAGCGAUUAGUGGGAGACGCGGCCAAAAAUCAAUAUGCGGCCAACCCCACGCGGACGAUUUUUGACAUUAAGCGCUUAAUCGGUCGCAAAUUCGCAGACAAGGAUGUCCAACGAGACGCAAAGCAUUUCCCUUUCAAAGUCGUCAAUAAGGAAGACAAGCCUGUGGUCAACGUUGAAGUCAAUGGCAAGCCCCGAACCUUCAGUCCCGAGGAAAUUUCGGCAAUGGUUUUGGGCAAAAUGAAGGAAGUAGCAGAAGCCUAUUUGGGCAAGAAAGUUACCCACGCAGUUGUCACAGUCCCUGCAUACUUCAACGACGCUCAGAGACAAGCCACGAAGGACGCAGGCAUUAUUGCCGGUUUGAACGUUCUCCGUGUCGUUAAUGAGCCUACCGCCGCAGCCAUCGCAUAUGGUUUGGACCAAAAGGGCAAGAAAGAAAGCCAAAUCAUUGUAUACGAUCUUGGUGGUGGCACUUUCGAUGUCUCUCUCCUGUCCAUUGACGAUGGUGUCUUCGAAGUUCUAGCAACUGCUGGUGAUACCCAUCUCGGUGGUGAAGAUUUCGAUCAGCGAGUCAUUGAUUACUUCGUUAAACUAUACAACAAGAAGAACGAUGUGGAUAUCCGAAAAGAUCUCAAGACUAUGGGCAAACUGAAGAGAGAGGUUGAGAGAGCCAAGCGAACUCUGUCCUCUCAAAUGUCAACUCGAAUCGAAAUCGAGGCCUUCCACCAGGGGAACGACUUCUCUGAGACUUUGACUCGAGCCAAAUUCGAAGAGCUCAACAUGGAUCUAUUCAAGAAGACUUUGAAGCCUGUCGAGCAAGUGCUAAAGGACGCCAAAGUCAAGAAGAGCGAGAUUGAUGACAUCGUCCUGAUCGGUGGUUCCACUCGAAUUCCAAAGGUUGUAUCUCUCAUCGAAGAAUACUUUGGUGGCAAGCAGGCUAGUAAGGGUAUCAAUCCUGAUGAGGCCGUUGCGUACGGUGCGGCUGUACAGGGAGGCAUUCUUACAGGUCAAGCUAACACUGCGGAUAUUGUCCUCAUGGACGUCAAUCCAUUGACCCUGGGCAUUGAGACCACUGGUGGUGUCAUGACUAAGCUGAUUCCCCGCAACACAAUCGUCCCAACAAAGAAGUCUCAAAUCUUCUCAACAGCAGCCGAUAAUCAACCCGUGGUCUUGAUCCAAGUCUUUGAAGGCGAACGAUCACUGACCAAGGAUAACAACUUGCUUGGAAAAUUUGAACUCACCGGAAUUCCUCCCUCACCUCGAGGUGUACCUCAAAUUGAAGUCUCCUUCGAACUGGACGCGAACGGUAUUCUAAAGGUUUCAGCUGGUGACAAGGGCACUGGUAAAUCGGAGUCCAUCACUAUCACAAACGACAAGGGUAGACUUUCACCCGAGGAAAUCGAACGAAUGGUUCAGGAAGCUGAGCAAUUUGCUGAAGAAGACAAGAUGGUGCGUGACAAGAUUGAGGCUAGAAACAAGCUCGAAAACUACGCCGUGUCUCUCAAGAAUCAAGCCAACGAUGAGGAAGGCCUCGGUGGCAAGAUUGAUGAAGAGGAUAAAGAGACUUUGAUCGAAGCUGUCAAGGAAACUCAGGACUGGCUCUCGGAAAAUGCCGAUACUGCCGACAAGGAUGAUUUCGAUGAGCAGUACGAAAAGUUGUCUCAAGUUGCAUACCCCAUCAGCAGCAAGCUUUACGGGGGUGGUGCAGGUGGAAUGCCAGACUAUGGUGAUGAUGAUGAGCCUAACCACGACGAACUGUGA